AUGGACGACGACUUGGAGCUGGACGAGGAAGUCUGCAAGGGGGUAAGAAGUAGUAGAGCGGGAGGGCGCGCGACCCGAGUUGCCAUGGCGACGGAGAGGCCUACUCGCUGUCCUAACGCCCGGCGCUGCCUUUUGCCCUGUCCCCCGAUCUCCCGGAGGGGAGGACCGCCGGCCGAGGGCUUUGGUUGCCCGAGGCAAUAGCCCUCCUGGCGGCCCCUUGCUUGUUUUAUAGCGGGGGGCGGGGGGAAGGUAUCUGCCGUGGCUCUCCAGGUGUUGAUGGGCUGCAACCCCCAGAGUCGCUGGCCGUUGGUGGGAGCUAGAAUCCAACAACUACCUCCUUCACUCCUAUUGGCUUUCUUUUAGGAGCCGCCAUAUAUCAGGCAUAGGCAAACUCGGCCCUCCAGAUGUCUUGGGACUACAACUCCCUUGAUCCCUAGCUAAAAGGAACCAUGGUCAGGAAUGAUGGGAAUUGUAGUCCCAAAACAUCUGGAGGACCGAGUUUGCCUAUGCCUGCCAUAUAUGAACUUCCCUAGAGACUAGCUGUGUAACCUGCUAGCCUUAGCUUGAUCAUCCUGGCUGUACAUCUGCCUCCUUGACCACACAUGUUGUGACUGAAGCUCCCCUUUUGAAUCAUUCUUUGUCCUCCACAUAGGUAGUAGCAAAGAUGGGCCGACGAGCUCACCAGGAUUACACUCCAGAGGAAAACCAUCUUAGCCUGACCAGCUCUCCAGCUUUGCAGGUAGGUGUAACUGGAUGGGUCAACACCGAUUGUAACCUGGACUUAGUUUCACAUCAAACAUGCUGAAAGACUUCAUCUAGGGUAGAAGACUAGGCGCCAGGUUAUUAUAACCAGGAUCUUAACCGUAAGUCAAACUUGCAUAAGAGUAAGAACACAGGAAGAGCCCAUAAUAAGAGAUCAGACCAAAAACCAAUCUAGCCCAGCCUCCUGUUUUCCUCAGUGGCCAACGAGAUGUCUUUGGGAAGCGUACUGAACAGCAAUGAUUAUUUCUCCUCUUCUGCUUCCAUUUUAGUAGAUGAUUAGAACAGUGACUGGGGGGGGGGGGGGACUUUUGUAGGUAACAUCCAUUCAGCCGAAGUUUUCAUUAAGGCAGGGGUGGGGAACUUGCUACCCUCCAGAUAUUGAAAUUCAGUGCCCAUCAUCCCUUAACAUUGGCCAUGCUGGCUGGGGCUAAUGGGAAUUGGAGUCCCACAACAUCUGGAGGGCUACAAGUUACCCAACCCUGAUUUAAGGAGUUCUCUUGCACAGGAUUAGUGUUCUCAAUUGCUCUAACAGACAUUUCUUUUCCAUAGUUUUACUGUGUAUUCAUGGCUAAAUACGGAAUUAUGGCACCCUAUCUGAGAAGCAGAGGAGCUGAAAUCUUUGGGAUGUGCUAGGACCUCCUUGGAAAGUAGAAGAAAAAUCAAAAUCUGGCUUCUGACUGCUGACUGGUCUGUUUAUUUGACAGCCAAACACUCCACCAGGAGCCCUUUAUAGGAAAACCAGCUAACAACAUUACUGGGUAACUGAUUCAUAGUGAAUAGCCAUACCUCUGCUGCAGAUUAGACUUUGUAGUUGGUGACAUUCUGGCCCCCAGUCUACUGCAGAACCUGGUCUGUUUUCUCUGUCUAUAUGUUCUCUGGUGGCUGUAUCUCUCUUAACUAGUGCCUAUAUCUGAAGCAUUGGUUGCCUUAUGAAGUUGGGCAGUUAAGCUAAGCAAAGGAUCAUAGGAUCAUAUCUGGUUUUGAGGAACAAAAUUUAGUUGAUGGGCUGGAAGAAUGUGAAUAUGAGUUGUAGUAGUAGUAGUAGUAGUAAUAAUAAUAAUAAUAAAAAAAAAUUAUUUAUACCCUGUCUGGCUGAGUUUCCGCAGCCACUCUGGACAGCUCCCAAUUAAGUGUUAAAAACAAUACAGCAUUAAAUAUUAAAAACUUCCCGAAACAGGCCUGCCUUCAUAUGUCUUUUAAAAAUAGGAUAGCUGCUUAUUGACAUCUGAUGGGAGGGUGUUCCACAGGGCGGGCGCCACUACCGAGAAGGCCCUCUGUCUGCUUCCCUGUAACCUCACUUCUCGCAAUGAGGGAAUCGCCAGUUAGGAGCUAGGAGAUCUGGAGAGGUUUUCAGGCUGUGAACACAAAUAAUUUCAAGUUUAAAAUAUUGUUCAUUGCAUCUAAAUAAGGAAUCCAUGCAAAUCAGUGCACCUAUGUGAAUUAAUAAGACUUAACCUGAAUCAACCUAUACCUCUUGAAACAAUCCUGUUUCAUCAUGCCAGUUGUUUGCUCUGUACUUCGUUUCCAAUCUAUCUAACAGUUCCCCAAGACUUGAAAAUUGACCUUACAAGCAAAUGCUUUACCUUACCAGCAUAGAUCAGGCUGAUUUGUAUGGAUGCUUUUUGAGUAUUAUCUUAUAAGCACCAGUUGUUCUUUGUUUGUAUUGGAAAAUUAUGAAAGCAUUGAAACUAUUUUCAUUCAAAAGGUGUCAUUUGAAAACCCAUGUCGUCUAGGCAAUAUUUAUGUGGUUUAAGCUAUCAAAAGUUGCUCAUCAGUAUAGCAUUAAAAUUCUAAGCUUUUCCCAAAUUCCCUCAGCAGCCAACCCAAAAGCUGCCCAGGUGCACUGUUAUAUCAGAGCAGCUAAGCCAGUGGCAGCCAAAAAGACUGUAAGGUGAUACCUUGGUCUGCCAAGCCCAUUUGAGACGAUUGCUUACUUACUUCCAGACAGUAAACCAUGGUUUAUUGUGACAGGAAUGAACCACAACAAUCUUUCUCUGGCAUGACUUCAAGGAAGAGGUCAGAAGGUUUUGAUUCUGGUUUUGAUUAACUGCAGUUUAGUGUUACAUCUGAAAGCUGACCUAUGGUUUAGCCCAGGGUUCAGCAACCGUUUUCAGCCGUGAGCCGGUCCACCAUCCCUCAGACCAUGUGGUGGGCCAGACUAUAUUUUUUUGGGGGAAAGGAACAAAUUCCUAUGUCCCACAAACAACCCAGAGAUGCAUCUUAAAUAAAAGCACACAUUCUACUCAUGUAAAAACACCAGGCAGCCCCAGAAAUAAAACAGAGAUGCAGUUUAAAUAAAAGCACACAUUCUACUCAUGUAAAAACACGCUGAUUCCUGGACCGUCCGUGGGCCGGAUUGAGAAGGCUAUUGGGCUGCAUCCGGCCCACAGGCCUUAGGCUGCCUACCCCUGGUUUAGCCUAUCUAUGGUGUUUUGAAACCAGACAGCUUCAUAAACAAACCAUAGUUUAGUUAAGUUAACAGUUAACUGUUAAGUUAACAGUUUGUCAACUUUGGAUGAAACAGCAAGCUGGUUAAUAAAAAAUAGAAGUGAAAGCUUCUGAUCUCCUUACAACCACACUGGAGGAGGGCAGUCAUGAGUUCAUGAGCCCAAAGUUCACUGAGGCUUGCUCUCAUUAGAAUAAAGCCACAAUCUGUUAUGAUUCAAACCAGAUCAAUGGCAGAAUCAGUUAAAAAUAUUAGGUUGUACAUAAUUUCACACAUAUGUUAUAGGGAUGUGGGCAGCGCUGUGGGCUAAAUCACUGAGCCUCUUGGGCUUGCUGAUUGGAAGGUUGGCGAUUCAAAUCUGCACGAUGGGGUGAGCUCCUGUUGCUCUGUUCCAGCUUCUGCUAACCUAGCACUUUGAAAACAUACCAGUGCAAGUAGAUAAAUAGGUAUCGCUGCAGUGGGAAGGUAAAUGGCAUUUCCAUGCACUCUGGCUUCCAUCACAGUGUUCUGUUGCACCAGAAGCAGUUUAGUCAUGCUGGCCACAUGACCUGAAAGGCUGUCUGUGGACAAACACCAGCUCCUUGACCUGAAAGCGAGAUGAGCGCCGCACCCCAUAGUCACCUUUGACUGAACUUAACCAUCCAGGGGUCCUUUGCCUUUUUUAUUUUUUACAUGUGUUAUAUGUUACAUUUUAGAUGCAGACUUUAGAAUCUUAGGGUAUACCUAUGAAAGUCAUGUGUGAAACGGUCCUACUGUGCUAUUCUGCCAAAGUUUUGCUUUUUGCGAUGUAUCAUAGUGAUGUAAUGUUAUUAUUUGUACCUCAGACUUCCCAUCAUGGGAACUGUCCACUCUCUGCAGUGCUACAGUUUGGUGCAAACUUGCUACACACUAUGAUUGUGGACAACAAGCCACAAUUGAGGAGCAGUGUGUUAUGCAGUUGUGGUACAUAAGACCCACACGUCAAGUCACAUUAUACAUAUAUGGCAAUCUACACUUGCUAUGAUAUGACAUUGCUGUUCUCUAUCCAGACUAUUGUAGUUCACACAUGCAAUGUGCUUAGCUCCUUGGGAAUGACUUCACUGCUAUAUAUCCUUUCAUAUCUACUCACUGGUUCUUGGACUGAAAUAUACUAAUGUGUCCUAUUCAUAGUUGACCUUUGGCUGGUGGGAGAGAUGUACCUUCCAUCAGAAGAGGAUCAGGAUAGGUGAGCUUUGCCUGUUUCACUCAGGUUUGUGUAAUGGAUCAGUGUUUCUCCUCCUGAAACUACCCAGUGGCCUGCAAAUGUGUUGGGCUUCCAGCUGUUCCCUAGGAAUAUGGCCAAAUUCUCCAACAGGAAUCUGAAAAAUGUAGUUGAACUCAUGUUCCCUAAUUAGGCCGGCUUAUUUCGAAUGAGCUCUGGCCUCAUUCAGCCUGGAGCUCCCCAAGGCCUUCUCGUCAGCCCCUGGCACCCUGAAUAGCUGCCUAGUUAUUUUCAGCCUGCUGGGGUUAUCUCCUUAUCCUCAAUAACAUUUUUCAUCAUCCUCACCAAAAUAACUCUCUUAAGCAUCUUUUAUUUCCCAGCCCUUUUCAUUUUAGUUUUCGCUGUUAGUUUGCAUUGAAGAUUGCUGAGUGUUGAGCACAAAGCCAUGGGAAAGACUUAUAUUAAAAUUCUAUUUCCACACAUUUAUUUCAUUCUUUGAAUAGUUUCCAGCUUGAGCCCACUGAAGGAAGAAGGAGGGAACCAUUGGCUGCAGACUGUUACACCACACAUCUCUUGCCUCCUAGGACACUGUGGCUAUAUGGGUCUACAUAUGCCCCCUGAGGGAGAGGCCUGGGAUCAUUGGAUCCUGGCAGUAUGAUGUGUGGGAAAGAUAAAAUUGCAGCUUGCUGUCAGGAGUUGUGUAGUCAAAUUAGCCUAUAAGAAGGAUAUUCAAAGGAUUUUAAAUCUGAACUCCACUGAGGUGUUUCAAGUUGCAAGAGACUCCAGAUUUGUUUUCAGUGAACAAAUGUGUUUCAUGUACAAACAUGGUUGAAAAGGCCUCCAUCACACAGAGUGAUCAGCAAAAGGGGUAUAUUCAGAUUCCUAUAUAGUAAUGGCUUCCACUGAAAAAAAUUGACACGAUUGGAAGAUAAUUGACCCCGUUCAGUUUCAGUGAGAGAAUUUGCGGAUGAUACAAAAUUGUUCAGUGAUAUAAAAAAGACACUGGACCUCUUCAAACUGAGUGAAUGGGUGUAAACAAGUGUAAAAUGAUGCUUGUCAGGGCAAAAAUAUUAAUCUCAUAUAUUUGUUCAUGGGGUCUGAACUAGCAGUUAUUGACCAGGAACAAUAUCUUGCUGUCAUAGUGGAUAGCUUGAUGUAAGUUGGCAAAAGAAUUGAAAAUAAAACUGCUGACAUCAUAAUGCUGCUGUACAAAUAUAUGCUGUAAGUGCAUCUGGAAUACUUUGUACAGUUCUCACCUCAAAAAGAAUAUGGUAGAGCUGGAAAACAUUUGGAAGAGGGCAAUCAAAUGAUAAAGUGGUUGGAGCAGCUCCCCUAUGAGGAAAGUUUGCAAUGUUUGGUAAUUUUGAGAAAAGUAAGUAAGAAUUGGCAUGAUAGGCAUUUAUAAAAUUAUACAUGGCAUGGAGAAAGUGGAUAGAGAAAAGUUGUUUUCUCUCUCUGUCAUAAUACUAGAAUUCAGGGCUGAAUGUUGGAAGAUUCCUGAAAGAUAAUGAAGUAAUUCUGCACACAGUGUGUAGUUAAACUAUGGAACUUGCUCCCUCAGGAAGCAGGGAUAGCCACCAUCUUGAAUAGUUUUCAAAGAGGGAUAGCGAAAUUCAUGGAGGAUAAAUCUGUUAAUGGCUGCUAGCCAUGCUGGAGGCUAUGAUCUGCCUCCACAGUUAGAGGCAGUAGGAGAGAGUGCUUUAGUACUUGGGUUCUAUUUACAGGCAUUUGGCUGGCCACUGAGAGAACAGGAUAUUGGAUUAGAUAGGCCUAAUCCAACAGGCUUUUCUUAUAUUUUAAAGUUCUUAUAUUCCAGUCUUGCAAUCUCUUCCAUAUAUUGACCUUGUUCUCUCCUGACUUUUUGUGUGUCUCUUGACAUCUUUCGUUCAUUUUGCUUCUUCCCCUAUGUUUUCAAGAGCUCAAAUCUCUGCCAUUCCUAGUAAAAGCUACCUUUGAUCCCACUUCUCCUUCCACCUAUUGCUCUGUGUCUCUCUUUCCUUUACACAUUUUUCAAGCGUAUAAUUUAUAACUCUCUGUGACUUAUCCUCCCAGGUCUCUGCUUGAUCUUAUUUUUUGCUUGUUUCACUCUUUUGAAACUACUCUCACCAAAUUACCUUAUACAAAUAUCUAAGGGCUGUUUAUUGACCUGCCUGGUGCCUUCAACCCUCCUUAUACCAUUUUCUUCCAAUAGCUCUCCAUUUUACAGUUUCAAAGUUCUGUACACUCCUCAUUCCUCCACCUCUCUCACCACUCCAUUAUUAUUUUCAGAUCCUGGUCAAGUUUAUUUAAAAGUAAAUCCACUGAAUUCCAUGGGCGUUAUUUCCAAAGUAAGUGUUCCAUAAGACUGCAACUUUUGUCUCCUGGGUUAAACCCGUCAGAAUAUUUUUACUCUUGAAUAAGAAUAAGAAAUAAGAAUAUUUCUUAUUCUUGGAAAGCUUGCACUUGAGUGCAUAAUGUAUAAUUCUAGAUUCCUAAAAAUGUAUUAAAACCCAGCAUACAAAAUUAGUGUGAAGAUAAAAGAAUCAUUUUCAAUGAUCCCCUUAAUGGCUUGGAUCCAAAGAGCUUCUUAGGGCCAUGCAAGGGGUUUCUGCUACCUAGUGGAAUUCACUUUCUUAUAAUAUGACAAACUGCUUUUUAAACUUUCCUCAUUGCUAUGUGACAUGGGGAGACGGCUAUUCAGUCUAAAAUUGGUUUUAGUUUGAAUUCUGCAUAGAUAUAUUUUUAUGAGUUUGUCAUAUAGAAAUGAAAUAUUAGUAAUAAUAAUAAUAAUAAUAGUUACAAAUUUCCUCCUUUCUUCUAUAAUAAUAAUAAUAAUAAUAAUAAUUUAUUAUUUAUACCCCGCCCAUCUGGCUGGGCUUCCCCAGCCACUCUGGGCGGCUUCCAAAAGAAUAUUAAAAUACUGUGAUACAUCAAACAUUAAAAGCUUCCCUAAAAAGGGCUGCCUUCAGAUGUCUUCUAAAAGUCUGGUAGUUGUUGUUCUCUUUGACAUCUGGUGGGAGGGCGUUCCACAGGGAGGGCGCCACUACCAAGAAGGCCCUCUACCUGGUUCCCUGUAACUUGGCUUCUCGCAGCGAGGGAACCGCCAGAAGGCCCUCGGUGCUGGACCUCAGUGUCCGGGUAGAACGAUGGGGGUGGAGACGCUCCUUCAGGUAUACUGGACCGAGGCCGUUUAGGGCUUUAAAGGUCAGCACCAACACUUUGAAUUGUGCUCGGAAACGUACUGGGAGCCAAUGUAGGUCUUUCAAGACCGGUGUUAUAUGGUCUCGGCGGCUGCUCCCAGUCACCAGUCUGGCUGCUGCGUUCUGGAUUAGUUGUAGUUUCCGAGUCACCUUCAAAGGUAGCCCCACGUAGAGCACAUUGCAGUAGUCCAAGCGGGAGAUAACCAGAGCAUGCACCACUCUGGCGAGGCAGUCCGCAGGCAGAUAGGGUCUCAGCCUGCGUACCAGAUGGAGCUGGUACACAGCUGCCCUUCAUGUAUGUAUACAAGACACAUGCACACUGUCAUUCAUGCUCCUGACUUCUCUUGUCCCCUUUCUGCUGAUGGCGACAACAUGUACCUUUCUACUCAUGGAAACUCAUUUCCUGCUGGCCUCUGAUGGGAAUUGGGGGGCACCCUAAAACUAACGGCCCCAGCUGUUUGACUGCAUUGCAUCCCUUUGCCUUUUCUUUUUGUCACUGAACCCGUCUCACAAUAUGAAUAAUAUACAGGGGAAUCUCCACUUACGCAGGGCUCCGUCCCCAGCUGAGGUGCAUGUCACCGGGACUCAUGUGAGUGGGGAUUCCCCUGUUCUGUUCUGCCCCACCCUAUUCCACCACCACCCCCUUUUGCCACUGAAAACAGCACACAUGUCAGCAGGAGCGCACAUGCUGAUCGCACACAAGUGGGGAGACAUCUGUACUGGGGAACCAUUGAUCCUCUGGAUGUUGCUGAACUACAACUUCCAUAAUCCCUGGCCAUUGGCCAUGUUUGCUGGAGCUGAUGAGUGUUGUUCCCCACACCUCAAGGAACACUUGGGAGGCAGUUUUCAUGGUGGGCCAUACGCUGUGUGAGGAAUAGGAUAGAAUCUGGUACGUGUGCCACUGAAGGAUUGCCUUAACUGUUGGGCUUUGGAAAGAGUUGCACUUAUAGCCAUCUGAGCGUAUGAUUUCCAUUUUAGAAAGGAUUGUUAGUACUCUUUUCAGGGAGAUGGAGCAGCAGGAUAGCUGUGUUGCCUGAGGAUGGCUUGUACUGUGACGUACAUAUGUGCAAUUUACUUAUGGGCAGCGGACAAAGAAUAUUAUUAGAGACCUCCAUGUAAAAGGGUUUGGUUUUUUUUACAAUAAAUAGGUUACAGUGCUUGCAUAUAAGACAAAUGAAUGUGAUUCCAUGAGAAGGUUCUGUGUAUAUUUUGGUGGUAUAUUUUGGUAGGGUGACAAACUAUGUGUAGGCUCUUUUGUGUAUGUGUGCAUGUACAUCCAUAUGUGGUAUGUUUUUCUGAAACAUCCCAGUUUGAAAUGCUCCUUUUUUGGCACUACAGCCUCUUGGUUUUGGCAUCUUAAGAAUCUGGAGGAAUCAUUUAAAGAUCAGAAAACUCCAUUCACUGCAGCCCCUGAAGGCUUCACAUUUUGUGACACAGUCAUUCCAGUCGACUGAGCUCUGUCGCUUGCGGAUGAGCCCAUAUAAGGAAGCUGUUUCCUGCGUUCCAAGCUAUCCGUUUGUCCCUCUGCCCUUCUGCGCCCCCUUUGCUGAAGAAAGCUGGUAUUUGAAACUGCAGCUCUCGGCUCAUUCCUUCUCCCUGUUUAUUUUUGGAGAGUUACUAUUUCUGCUCCUCAUAGGGAGCUAUGUUGGGUCGUGCCCCCUUCUUCCAGCAGGCAACGGACCCCAAUGACAAGUAUUGUCUAUUUCCCACAGUCACAAACAUUACAUCACAAAACAAUUUCCCCCUCACCUGUAGAAGAUGCUGGGCCUUUCCACCAGAGUGAAGGUCGCAAUGGCUUUUGAAAGACCCUCAGGAUCUAUUCUGUUCUCUUGCUACUUUCUGGAGGGAUCUAGAAUGUUAUCUCCCCACCCCCUUUAGCAAUGAAAAAGCUGAAGUGACCUGAAGACUUUACACCUCUGCAAAUGUUGUUAGAGUUCCUGAUAGUCAGCUCAAACAUGUAUUAACAACAUGUGGUAAUCCUUUCAGGAGUGCACCACUGUAGACUACAGCUGGGGGAUCAGCUGUUAAGAAAAUAAGAGUCCUGCUGGAUCUGAUCAAUGGUCCAUGUUGUUCAGCAUCCUGAUUCUAAGAAUGGCUAGCCAGAUGGAAAGUACAGUCAUACCUCAUGUUAAGGACACUUAAGGUUACGUCUUUUCAGGUUGCGUCCUGCGGCGACCCGGAAGUACUGGAAAGGGUUACUUCCGGGUUUCGCUGCUUGCGCAUGCGCACAAGCGCUAAAUCGUGCUUCACGCAUGCACACAAGGUUGCACUCUUUUCAGGUUGCGAACGGGCCUCUGGAAUGGAUCCUGUUCGCAACCAGAGGUACCACUGUAAACCAGUAGGCCAUGAACCUAGCAGUCCAUCCCCUAGGAUAGCUCAGUUGGUAGGACAUGAACAGGGCUUUUUUAUAUAGAAAAAGAGGUGCCGGAACCAAAGUUUUUUUAGGGGAAGGACAUUGUAACGCUGCAGAGGUGCUGGAAUGCACAAAAGAGGUGCCAGAACUCAGUUCUGAUGUGUUCCGGCUGGAAAAAAGCCCCAAGUAUAAGACUCUUAAUCUCAGGGUUUGAGCCCCACAUUGGGCAAAAGAUUCAUUCAUUGCAGAAGGUUGGACUAGAUUACCCUCAUAGUCCCUUCCAGCUGUAUAAUUCUGAUUCUUUUAUCAUAUGUUUUGAAUAUUUAAUUACGACAAAUUCCACUUCCUUUUGCCAGGCUGAACUAUUGCCAGCUAAUUUUAUUAUGAGAUCCCAAAUUCUAGGAUUUGGAGGGGGGGGGGAAUCUAACCAUUGUCUCCACGCUAUUCAUAACUUUAUAAAACCCUGUCACAUGAUUUCCCCCAUAGUAGACUUUUCCACUAUGCUUUAAAACCUUUCCUAAUAGGAAAAACGAUUCAAUGACUUACCACUAUGGUUGCACUUUUUUAUACUUUUCCCAGUGUUAUGGCAUCCUUUUUGAGAUGUGGCAACUGGAAUUGGUUGGGCUGAAGCCAGGUCCAAACGUGUAGCAGAAUGAAGUGGGAAAGUGCUGAGGUGGUAGAAUGGAUUGUAUCUGUUUAGAUUGCACAAGGGCAAUCAUAAUUUAGAAUGCUCCCCUACAUUAUUAUUUUUUUUAAAAAAAACUUCAAAUAGAAAAUGAGAACAGUCUGGCUAGAACAUGUGCUAGUUUUCUUAUCGUGGGGGAAUGUGGAAGAACCUUCAAAACUGGAAUCCUCCAUCUCUGGUGGAGAGAGAGAGAGAGAGAGAGAGAGAGAGAGAGGUUUGCCUUAGGUCACCUGGUGAGAUUUACACCAGGGAUGGAUUGGUUUCUUAGUCACUGCCCUACAAGUAGAACAAUUUCUCAGUGAGGAAGAGACUAGGAUAUUAUGCAAGUCCUCAAGAGAGUUAACUGUAUAUACGGAUUUUCUGUGAUAUGCCAUAUCAGAAUUUGGAAUGAGAAAUUUGUUUUGUAAACAUUGGUGUAAAUGUGUCUGCUGUGGAUUUGGCUAGGGUUGUCUCAUUCUUCAAAGCCUAAUCCCAAGGGAAAUCCCACUUCCACAAAUUUAAGCCGUUAUGUUUGCCUUUAUUGUAUAAAUGUUUGCAUUAUUUGCUUAAAUUACUAUUAUUAUUUUGAGUUUGUUUGAGGUUGAUUUUGUUAUGAUUGUAAAGCCAUCCUGGAGGUUCUAUUUGUACGACAGAAGGGCAGGAUGCAAAUUAUUAUUAUAUAAUAAAAUAAUAACCUAGGUUUUCUUUCCUGUUUCUCCCUCAUAUUGCUUGCUGCCUACUGUAAGCAUUCACCAGCUAAACCAGAAAAAAUGCGGCAAAAAGUAUGGUAUGGCUCAGUUGGCGUCAGCGCUUCCAAGUGAGUGCAGUUUUGUUUAACUCAACAAUGAUUCAAAGUGUGCUGUUGUGGUCACUGGGACAGUUUCCUAGAAUAGCAGCUAUCUUCCUGGUUGUUGCUCCUUAGGUCUUUACACCCUGCUAGAUGCAUUUCCUUAGGCUGUUAAAUUCCAUUUCCUCUGACAUCAGUGACUGCAGAGGAGAUGCCCUUCAUACUUGCCCCAGCCCGUUUUCCUUCUGGUUAGUGCAACAAAGCUGGCAGAGAUGAAUUCAUGAGCAUCUUCAGCAGCUUUGGCAUACCAAAAGGAAUAAAAUAACAAAUUUUUGUUAAUUUUAUUAUUUAUUUUAUCACUCUUCCUUUUCAAAGACUGCCCAAACUUAAUGCUUAAGUUUGAGUAUGCUAAUGCUAAUUUUAUUUCUUACUAGAUGAAUAGUUGGUUAGUUUUCUGUUAAAAAACCCCCCUCCACAUACCAAGUUUUAAAGAAACUAUGAAGUGCAUGUAACUCAGGUUAUAUGCUCCCCCCCACGAUUAACACCAAUAUUUGUUUUGUUUUGUUUAAUCUUGUGCCCUGCUGUGCUAUAUUUAUUGUAAUGAUUUGUAUGUUUUAAACAAUAUAUAUAAUUGUUUUUUUAAUUGUGUUUUUUUCUACGUUUUUAGCUAUUCCUGUUUCUAUGUAUAGUAUGACUGCCUUGAGUCCCAUCAGGGUGAAAGGCAGGGUAUAAAUAAACAUAUAAUACUAAUAUCCUGAAAUUCAGAUUGAGAGCAAAAAAAAAGGUUACAUAGGUGUGUUAAUACAUUUUGCCUGUAGCCCCAUUCACUCAGAGAGUGCAAGAAAGGUGGGUGAGGAGGACUGAAACUAGUGAUUAGGGCAAAUUCUUGCACAGAACAAGAGGAGUAAUUCAAAGCAUGUAUGAACAGCAAAGCGAACAAGAAAUUGUGCUCUAGUUGCCCUCUAUGUAGUUCACCCACUCUUCUCAGAAUACAGUUAGCUGAAGUCCUAAUAUAUAUUCUUUCUGCGGCAAACACAAUCUCCAACCAGCAGAGGGCACUCCAAUUCUGUUCUGAAAGCUGAUGGACACAGAGGCGCUUCAUGACAUCAUUACCUUUUGAUAAACAGACUUACAGUAAAUGGCCCGUUAUGUUAGCUCAUGCAUUAUAUUUAUAAGACACAAGGGGAAAAGAGCAUGUGCUUGCUGAAGAGAUCAUCAGGCGCCUGACAAAGAGUACUCACGUUAAGAAAUUUCAGUGGAAUGAAGGGAGGACGGCAGUGAGAGACUCACCUCGACAUCUUUCUAAAAACACAGUAGUUUCUAGAGAUCUCCUGUAUGGAGUCUGUAGUAUCUCUUCCUUUCUCUGAUCUUGUUUAAAACAAACAAACAAAAAAACCCCCAACCGAUAUUAAGCAUAAAUUCCUGAUUACUUUUUGUUUCCAUACAUGAAACAUAUUAUGUUGUCUUUGUCUUAAAGUAAAAAUAUAUUGGUGGGAGCUAUCAAUACAACUGCUUACUUGCUGUAGUCUUAAUUAUGUCUCUCCUAGGAGAGAUAGUGGCUAGGUCUCUAUAUUGCUGUAUUAUAGCUGGGGAAUUGGGACCAGAGGAGUACAAGAGCAUCAUGAAGGGCAUUUCAUGAAGUCCCUACCUGCACCCGUCAGUCUUCUCAAAGCACCCUAAACAGCUGAGCCUAAAUAAAGGACAUAUUUUACUUCAUUGUGAACACUUAAAAUAAUAUGCAAACUACUGUUUCUAAGCUGAGCUAAUGUAGAGUAGUGCCUAAGAGCUGCAGUUGGAAAAUCUGCAGUAAGUUGAAAUAUUGCCUCUUAUCAUAAACUCACCUAGAUAAGCCACUUCCCAUCAACAAAAUUGGGAUACUAAUAUUUACCAACUUACAUAUGUGUAAUAAUGAUUACAAUAACAUAAUGUAUGCGAAGCACUUUGAAUAAAGUGCUAUUAUUGUUGUUAUUGCUGUUGCAAUUGAAUUUUUAUACAAAAUUACACUGAUGCAGAAUUCUAAAUGAUUUGUCCAGACAAGCAGUAUUGGAAAGAGUGAAAAGGAAUUUCACAGGGAUAUUAUAAGAUAUAUUUUCCAGCCCCAUCAGCACAGAAAGCACAGUGAACAAGAAAGGAGGAGGGUGGGAUUGACAACUAGCAUGAAUAAUUAGAUUGACAACCGCAAUCCUGUGCUUGUCUACUGACACAUGCAAGUAUAUAUAGGAUAGAAGCUUAAUUACCUCAUUUGGGGGCCUGAAACUCGCCUGUACUAAAUUGAGUACUAAAGAUGUUGUUGUUAUCCUGCUUUCUUUCCUCAAAAUAGGCUCCAAAUGGCUGACUGUAAUAUAAUCACAAUAUAAAUUGAUAAAAACAAUACAGUAAAUAAAACUCACCAUUAAAUGUGCAGAACUUGAAAAUUGUAGUGCAGUACCUAGCAACUAAAGGACACGGGUGGCGCUGUGGGUUAAACCACUGAGCCUAGGACUUGCCAAUCAGAAGGUCAGCAGUUCGAAUCCCCGCGACGGGGUGAGCUCCUGUUGCUCAGUCCCUGCUCCUGCCAACCUAGCAGUUCGAAAGCACGUCAAAGUGCAAGUAGAUCAGUAGGUACCGCUCCAGUGGGAAGGUAAAAUGGCUUUUCCGUGCUUCUCUGGUUCGCCAGAAACGGCUUUGUCAUGCUGACCAUGACCCGGAAGCUGUACGCCGGCUCCCUCGGCCAAUAAAGCGAGAUGAGCACCGCAACCCCAGAGUCGGGCACGACUGGACCUAAUGGUCAGGGGUCCCUUUACCUUUACCUAGCAACUAGAACAGAGCAAAACAAUUAAAGAGGAAUCAGCUAAAAGCACAGGAAAAUAACUCCUCUGUAAUGGGUGCCUGAAUGCAUAGAACAGGGGCAUCAAACCUUGGGGAGAAAUUUGAUGUGUUUUGAUUUACAUUCAAGAUCUAAGGUGGGGUGCGUGGCGGGGGUGAGGCUAGAAAGAAAUGUUUCUAUAAGGGAUGAAUGUUUUUCUUUCCUGAAUAAUGUAGGCAAGAUGUAGUUAAAAACAUAAGAGCCAGGUGGAUCAGGCCAACGGCUGAUUUAGUCCAACAUCUUCAUCUUACAGAUGCCUAUAGGAGCCCCACAAGCAAGACUGGAGCACAAGAACAGUUUCAUCUCCUGUGGUUUCCAAAAUUUGGUAUUCAGAAGCAUGCUGCCUGCAACUGUGGAGGCAGAACACAGCCUGCUUUGUGGCUAGUAGCCAUUGACAAACUUAUCCUCCGUUCAUAUGUCAAAGCCUCUCUUAAAGCCAUUCUGGAUUAGUGGCCAUCACUGCCUCCAUAGUUGAAUUAUGCGCUUCAUGAAAAAGCGUUUUAUUUUGUCUGUCCUGAAUCUUUCAGCAUUCAGCUUUUCUGGAUGUCCACGAGUUCUAGUGUUAUAAGAGAGGGAGAAUUUUUUCUUCUCUAGCUACUUUUUCCAUGCCAUGUAUAGUUCUUUGAAAUUAUUUCAUGUUACCUCUUGCUCACCUUUUCUCUAAAUGGAAAAAGUCCCAAAUGCUGCGACCUUUCCUCAUAGGGGAGCUGCCCCACACCCUUGCUCAUCUGGCUUGCUCUUUUCUGAACAUUUUCCAGCUGUACGAUAGCUUUUUGGGGGUGCAAUUUUCCAUAUGAAAACUUCCAGAUUGUACCUCAAGAACAUCUGUAAUUCAGAAGUGUUUUGAGAGUUCACUCUGCAGAUGGUUAGAGGGAGGUGAAGUUUCUUUGGAAAGCUCUGAAGUAAACGAGACAUCUAUCAGGGGCAGCUUUGGGUUCUGAGCUAGCAGUAAGUGGUUGAGGCUGACAAGGUUGAGGCUGGGAAGUCUACAAGCAUUUAAGCACCUGAGGCUUAGCACCUCAGAACUGGAAACCAAACUGGCGAUUGAAUCCUUAAUUUGAGGACUCUGGAGAUGUGAAAAUCUGCUAAUCACAGAUGGAAAUUAAUUUGAUUUUAAUAGGAUAUUUCCCAUUGAUGAUCUAAUUUUUAUAGUUUCCCAUCCCACGUCUUCAGAACAAGUUGGGCUCUGAAUUCAAAUUAUUAAUAAUGCCAUCAUAUUUUCUUUGUACAUAGUGAUUCUAAGAAUUGAUAAAAUCUCAAGAGUAACUCCUCUCAUGCUAGCAAAAGCUUUCUAUUGCCAAAGUCGGGGUUGCAAAAUGGAUGUUUAUUUUUGGCCACCCCAGUAAAUAUUCAAUAGAGGGGGUUAUGCAGAGAUAUCGCCAUAUACUUUAUUUACAGUAUUUUAAAAAUGUACUGCUUAAUAUAAUAAUGUGGUUGGCAUAAAAAUAAAAAACCAAUAUGGCAAAUUUCAAUACAUUUUCUUAAAAUUAGACAAAAAUGAGAUAAAAAUAAAAUGUAACUGUAUUAUCACAAAUCAAAUUGAACCAUUAAGACAUUAAAAAUUAAGAGAAUUAUGCUGUUCAUGGCUAGCAUCCUAUAGGAGCCACUUCCACUAUUACAAUGGCAUUCCCCCCCCCCCCCGGCUACUGGCACCUACAUACUUCCCGGUUCAUAGAGAGGUUUCUCCCUUCAACAUUUUAAAUGGGAGGGCACCAAUAAAUGUCCCCUAUGGGUGUUUGAACCAGCCCAUAGUCUAAGAAGGGGGCUUGCUGGUGGCACUGCCAUGGCUCCUGAAUCUUAAGUACCUUUAGAUGAAAGCCUUUCCCUAUACGCGUCCACCUGUUGAUGCCCUUGCUCAGGGACCGGGAGAGGCGGGGGGCACAGGAAGCAGAGUGAGCGAGCAGAACUUGGAAGGAAGGAAAGGAAGUCUGAUUAAGUUUUGUCUCGAAGUGUCUGUUUUUGGGUUUGUCCCUGCAUUGAUCUGCAAGGGAAUGAGGCAAGUAAUGGCCCCUUGGGGACCUUCAGGACUUUCUUCUCAAUGUCAGCCGUCAUUUUCAAUCACCCUCUCCCUCCCAGCCAUUAAUUUUGGCCCGGGAUCAUGGGGACUUGUCCAUCUAUCACACCUAAUUGACACUAAAUGAUCUGUCAGUUUAUUGAUGAACGGCAGGAGUGGAAUUGUCACAAUAUAUUUUACUUUCUAACAACUCCUCCUGACAAUUUUACCUUGUCCAUCUCACUCUCCUCACAUAAAUCUCCAUUGGCCUCUCGUUCCUUCUCUUGGGCUGUUCUGGUGCCAGCCGCCUCCAUGCCAUCAGCACGCAUCAAGGGCAUCAAGAUGGCGGGAGAGCUACAGCGUGUGGGUUUGGAUUUUUUUCCUUCUUUUUAUAGAGUGGAUGUUCCAGGAAUGCUAACUGGCUCCUGUCCUCUUCUCCUUCAGUGUCAUUGCCUCCUUCAGUCUCUCCUUGCCUUUUCACAGCCAAUUCUUAUGUUGAGACACAGCAACAAAGGCAAAGGCGAAGGGGGAAGCAGAAGACUUACCUUAAGGAUCUGCUACCUGUACAAAGGUGGCUGUAGGGUCAAUUUAGUGUUCUGUUCUCUGGGUUUAUUUGUUCUGUUAAUCCUAGGGGUGUGUGGGUAAUCACAAUUGGUUGUUGCUUUUCUACUUUUUAUCCAGAAAAGUUGGAAGAGCAGGAUUUUUACAAAAUGGUGGUAGGGUUUUGUUACUCUGCUUUUUUCUUAUAAGACCUGAUCAUUUUGAGACAUUGUUUUCUUAAGCAGAGUAAGUCAAACAGUAAAGCUAGAAAAGGUGCAGAAAAUGGCAACCAACAUACACCAUACACCAAGUGUAUGGAGUAUGACAGAAGGUUACUUUGGGGGCUUUUUAGCUUUGGAAAAAGGUGAAGAAGAGAGGACAUGAUCAAGGUGUAUAAAACAGUGCAUGGUUCAGAGAAGAUGAUCCAAUGAUGCUGAAUGGUGGAAGAUUCCGGGUGGACAGGGUAUUCCCAGCCUUUGGGGCCUGGAGACACAUUAACACCAAAAAAAGAGGCAUUUCAGAGAAGAAAAUCUCCAAACCCCCCAAAGAAAACACAGGCAAAAAACAACAACAGACAACCCACCACGCCAAAGUCAGAAAAGCUCUCAGUUAGAAAAAUAAAAUACAGUUGGUAAGGGCACAGGGCCUUCGCAGGUGACUAAGGACAUUAUGGUGCCCAAAGGCACCACAUUUGGGACCCCAGGAAUAGACAAAUGGAAAUGCUUUACACAAUAAACUGCAAUGCUGUUAAUUCUUUACAAGAUGCAGUGAUGAUAGCCAAAUUAUGUGGCUUUAAAAUAAGUUAAUGGAGAUAAGGCUAUCAAUGGCUGUUUGUUAUUUCCAGUAUAAGAGGCAGGAUACCUCUGAAUACCAGUUGCUGGAGAACAUGAGCGAGAGAGUGCUGAAGGGGGGGGGGGCUUUGGCAUAUAGGGCUUACUUGUGGGUUUCCCAGAACAUCUGGUUAGCCAUUGGGAGAACAAGAUGCUUGACUACAUAAGUCUUUGGUCUGAUCUAUCAGGGAUGUUACAUUCGUAGGUGAGUGGUAUAAUUUUUUAUGAGCUUUAACGCAGCAUCUGAUGUAUAGCUUAAUACUGAGAGAGUUGGGAUCUGAAUUGUAUCCAGUAAAAGUGCUAAUGUUGGAGGCUGCUAUGCCACUAAUUAUCAUUUUGUUUAUAAUGUGAAUAUUUUUUGUUUCAUCAUAAAUCUCCUUUGUGAAAAAGAAUAAAGUUGCAAACGUCAGAAGGUUGGCUGCCUUGUACUUCGUUGAAGUUUGCUGCUGUCACUGCCCUCUGACAAAGGACCCUGGAAGUGAUAUAUAUACUAGCAUAACCAUUCCUGGUAUCAGAGAUUUUGCUGGGUGGAAUAUGGCUGAAGUGCACGCCAUGCUGGUGCUAAUAAGGACGGAGCUGAAAUUUCCUCCAGAUUUUCACAAAUACCAUUGGCAAUUCUAGGCCGGGGAAAUUAUUUUACCUUGUAAAGAUUUCAUCUUGCUCUCACUUGCUCUCACUCUCAUUGAUAUCCUGUAAUCACAUCUAUUGGCUAUGUAGUAUAGUGACAUGAUCCUGCUUGCUAUAUAAUCUUGAUUGGCUAGGGUCACCAAUGUGGUUAAUCCAGGAAACAUGUUUCCCGCAUUCUGUUUUGUUAGUGAUGCAGUCACAUAAUCAAACCCACUUCCUCCUGCGCUCUGUGUGAUCCCAGGGUGGGGUUGAGAGAGCAGAAGCAGACAUAGAAAACAAUAGUCCUCAAUAUGAUGAUGAUGAUGAUUUUUUUUAAUGUAUAUGUUGCCUUUCAAGACAGAAGAUAUAAUAUAUACUAUAUUAAUAACACAAUAUAAAACCAAAACAUUACAGCAUUAGAGCAUUAAAACAACAAGUUAAAACAAUACAGCACCACAUAUGAAAAAGCAGUUUUGAAAUAAUAAAUGUUUUCAGAGUCUGUGUAAAAUCCAGUAAAGUAGGUUUUUUUUUUAAGUGAAUAUUCACACAUUUGAAGUAUCUUAUAGGGAAAAGACUAUUUUCCCCAAACUGCUGUUUUACUUCCAAAAUCAACACUGGAGAAAAUUCAUAGUAGCCCUACUAAAACAUACACGUUAUAGACAACUCCAUGUAAUUUAGGCAAGUUGCAGCUGGGUCUUCAGCACUGCACUAAAAUUGCUUUUCUCCCCUAACUGGAGUAGUCUGUGCAAAAAAGGAGAAUAAUUCAAUUUACAUUGAUCACAAAUUUAUAGUUUUUAGCAUAUAUAUCUUAGAGCUAAAAAUUAUAAUCCAGGUAAAAGCAGUAGUAGUUGCUGCUCUUAGUCAAUGGAAAUUCUGUCCUGAUUCUGAAGUUUGAGUCUCUGGCAGAUUUGGUCCACAAGACCAUAUCAUAAGGACUGAAAACUUGGCCUUGCAAAGUGCUGCAUUCCUGUUUACGCAAGAAGUAAAAUUCUGUCCUUUCUCCGUCCCUUGAGCCAGUGGCAAUCUGCGAAAGCUCCCCGUGUUUUCAGCAGCUUUGUUUGGAAGCGGAGAGAUUUUGAAUGCUACAAGCCUAACAAAUUGCUCUGUUUUCCCUUUGAUGAAUCCGCUCUUCAAGAAUAAAAUGUCUGUGAACAUCAGUACUUUCCUUUCCCUUCUGUUCUUCUAGCAAGAGGGCGUCUUCAAGGGGCUUUCGUUUUGCGGGUCAUUCAUAAAAGAGAAAUGGCAUAGACAGGCUAGGAAGUAUGUUCACUGCCAUGCUGAAACAUCCCCUUCAGCUGUGAUGACAGAGCUUCUGCAUCUGGACCUACAGCAUCUUUGAUAUUGCAGUCCUUGGCUCCCUGCAGAGCUCUGUCGAUCCCCAUCCCUCACAACUAGCACUACUGGGUCGCUCUGCCUGUGUAUGUCACUCUCCAGAAGUGAAAAAACUAGGCACUGUAGCUCCUGUGUGUCUACAUCGGCCUUCUGUUUUUGGAGUUUUCAAAGUAACAUGACUCUUUGAGUACAACACUACUUGUCGCAGGGUUCAGGACAGUCAACUGUGGUUUCCAGAAUUAUUGCUGAAAGUAAUUUUUUUGGAGAUCGAGAUCAUUUCUUGAAUGCAGAGGCAUAAUGGCUCAGCUGCUCAUGAAGUUGAACAGAAGACAGACAGAUAUAAUUAUUGAGGGGAGUCUUUUAACUGAACGGGCAGUUGAACACUGGGCGGGGAUGGUUGAAUGAAAGUCCAGAAAACAUGAGAUCUCUUUGUCCUUUUCUGCCUGGGGGGGGGGACGAACUGCAUGUUACACCAUAUGUAUAGCCACAGUCUUCUUUUUUCACAUGGGGGGAGCAAAGCUAUGAGGAAUUUAAAGCAGAGAAGUGCUGGCCAGGGAAUUAAAUGGAAAUGCUGUUGUAAGUUUAGUCAGAAGGGGGCAAACUUUGCAAAGAAAUAUGCACAAACUCCAAUACAGUUGCAGCCUUGGCAGUCUCUGUUCUACUAAGUUCGGCCCCAUCAAUACUUAUUGUACUCCUCUAUGGAUAAAUUGAGCAUUAAGGGUUAACCAAAGUGGACUGGGGGCUGUGACAGAGUCAGACAAUAGUAUGGCCUCCCAGUCUAAAGAAUACAGGUCUGGUAGGAAAGAGGAAGGCAGAAUUGACUGCUGUGGAAACACUCAACUCAUUCCAUUUUCCUAACGCACCUUUUGCUUUUACCAAACCUCAGAGCUAUUCAUGUGUUGCUCACCUGAGUUAUAAUCUCAUGGGUCAUUCACCUUGUUUUGCCUCUCUCUGAAGCAAAUAUUCUGCCUGAUUGUGUCUUGUUUUACCCAGACCUUGUUUUUUGACCACAUCCAGUCAAGGGUGACAGGAUGAACUUACUUCUGCAAAGAAAACAAGGUUCCAGCAUGAUAUUGUUUACCUUCUUUUUUUAGAGAGAACUGUUAGUGUCAGCAGGUAUUUUCUCAGAAGUGUAUAUUCUGAACAUAAUACUUGCAAGUAGUAAUGGCUGGUAAAGGAGUAGGUUUCAGGAAGAUGAAGGUGAUAUCCUUCAGUGUGUUCAUAUUUCUCUGCCUAAUCAUUCUGUUUCAUAUAUUGCCCUGUGAUGUAGCAUGGGAAAUUUCACUGCAUUAUAUUUUUCCGUGGAAAAAAAAUCCAUUUCAUAAAUUCAUUUGUAACAAAGAAUGGAUUGCAAGAUUAACUGUUUCAAAGUUUUUACCUUUUGUUUACCAAAUACAAGUAAAACAUUCUAAAAUUAGAUCACUCAUCAGGGGCAUCAGAAAAUUCCCCAAUGCAAACUGAAAAGUUUUUGGUGCAAACUACUUAUGCACUUACAAAUGUGUAAUUCGGAAUUUUCUGGAAAACCUGUCUCAUUGAUGGUCUCCAAUCACUCUUCGACUACACACUCCCAUAUCCAAUAUAUUAUCAGAGCAGCUUAUAUUAUUUCCUUGUUCUUUACCAGCUUCACCACUCAUAUGCAAUUUAUUCAUUUUAUGUUGCAUGCCUGUACAAUAGGCUGACCUCCUGGUGCUCAGCUGUAUGUACUGUACUGUACCACAGCAAGGAAGAAUAACUAGGGCCGGCGUUGAGCUACGGAUAUUACAAAACAUCAAGGGCAUUUGCCCACAUUUGUCCCACUUAUGUCCCCUGUUAAAACAGGUUAACGGUGUCUAAUUAACCACUGAACAUUGUCAUCGUGCAUGAAUAUAACAUCCUUGCUCUUCUUGGAACCUGGCUAUUUUAUCUCCAUUAAAUCUCCACAGUAUUCCAUUAAAUAGGAGAGAAACAUUUUAGCAGAGAUGAUGUCUACAUUAGUGCUGCCUUUCACCCUUCAGCACUUAACCUCUGAGACACUGGCACUUAUGGAGGAGAAUUGCCUCCUCGCCCAAAAUCUGGUGUGUAGCUUAGGGGGAAAGAGAAAAGGGGAAGCAUCAGUGGUGUAUAUGAAUGUGUUUAGAGAAGCUAUUCCUAUUUGAAAAGUAUAUCCUCUGACAGGCUUGACAGAACCAGGUGUUGUAUUCAUCCGUGUUGCUUCCCUCCCCCAUCCCAAAGCCUCAGGUUAGGUCAUCCCCGUUCCCGAUUGUUUACCUCGUGAGAUAGGUUAGGCUGAGAGAUCCUUUUCAAAAGCUGGGCUUUAUUUCUGAAAAGACCUUUGAACUGGGGUUCCCUGUGUUCAAACCUGACAUUCUACCAUCAGCAUUCUGCCGGCUGGUUCUCUCGUGUGUUCACACAGUGACUAACACGUGACACUGUAAACUGUUCGUUUUUAUUUUUCCUUUAUUUAUUGACAGGGUUUGUGUUCUGCCCUUCAUCAUAAACAAUCUCAGGCCAGAUUACAAAGUUCAGAACAUUAUAACAUUCUAAUACACGCUAAUUUAGACCUAUAGAUGGAAAUUUAGAAUUAAUCACUAUAAUUUAAACUGAAGUAAAAUAAUCUCACCGUACUAGAAAAGACUGUGGCCAGGUGGACACUGUGCCUGCUUACUCUUCUCUCUAGGUUCUAGUUGUUGAGGGACAACUUGAAGGCCCCUCAUGGUCUUCCUUCAUCUUUAAACUAGACUUGGACUAGAAAGCCCAUCAGAGGAUGCCUUUGAAUAGAUGACUGUCCUUUGACAGCCCUCCAAACCAAGAACUGUUUUCCGUAAAGCAGAACACAUGGCCACCCUAGUUAGAAGCUCUGCGGUGUAAGAAAAUGAGUCCUGUGCCAUACUAUCUCACAUUAACAAGAAAUAGUGGCAGUUGAGGCCACAUUUGAUAACAUUUGCCACUUAGAGACAGUGCCUGAUUCUAUAAAAGCUAAGGAGACAGAUAUUUCCAAGCCCUUUAAAGUACUGCCUCUUGAUUUUUUGGUGGCAGUCCUUCCUUGCGGGCAGAACAUGUAAAGGAAAGCCCUGUUUUGUUCUUGGUCAUGCUGUGCCCCCACUCUAGGAAAUGAGAAAAGAGUAUUUCCCAGUACACAGAGUUAAAAAACUUCAUCCUGUGAAAUAGUCAAAGCAAUCAGUAAGUGAUGGAGUAUCUGCUAAAAAGAAACCUGGCAUUUAAUUAACUUUUCAAAGUGCUGGUUCAGCAACCUCCAUGUUUUACAUUUUGAAUAUUGAACAAGCAUCCCUAAUCGGAUCUGAAUUAGUUCUGGGCUUGCUGGGGUGGAGAACGAGCGAAAGAGCAGCCUGCCAUCUCCCCCGCCCCCUUGUCGCCCUGCCUUCUCCUUCCAACUUCACAUUAUUACGAUGAUGAACUCUGGGUAAUUCAGCCAGAUUUUGCCUGAACUACAAGGCGUCUGGUCCAGCCUUUUCCAGGGCCAUGUAAGGCAGCUAGGUUAAAUAGCAAAUUCUUUGUUUAUGAACUAGGGACAGCCCGGAGAGCCUCCUCUCUCAAGUGUUUGUACCUGUCACUAGUCUGGCAUAAUCUUCCUAUAAGGAUUGCAGAUUCUAUGCUUUUAAAUUGCUGUUGCUUUGGGCUAGUGUUCAGGGGCAGUUUUACGGGCAACAGAGAACCCUGUUUUGCCGCAAUUUUGUUGUGACACUCCUUGUACAAUGGUUAAUUCCUUUUUGUUCAGCAGCCCAUCAUUUGAUUUGAGUUUUAACCCACUCACUCCACCUAUUUGUUUUCAAUAUCUAAAUUUUAGAAUACUGUAUCUCAGAACAUGCUCAGUGACUGCCUUCCAUUACUUAGCACUCCCCCCACCCAUACAAAGGACAUUGCUUUUUUAAAAAGAGCAGCUUUCAGAUGUUACAGGAGAACAGCAACGUCUAGAUGUGAAGCGUGACUUGUACAACCUCUCUACAUCCCUUUAGUGCAAAGUGCAACACAAACUUGUGUAUCUCCUCCAUGCAGUGAAAUGCAUGCAUUUUCCCUGCUGGGGAAAUGUGUAAGUUUGCAUUUGACACAAGUGUGAAAGAAGGCUGCAUGAGUCAUUUGUGCAUCUGCUGUUUCUUAAGAACUUAAGAAGAGUUCUGCUGAAUCACACUAAAGGCCCAUCUAGUCUAGCAUUGUGGCCAACCAAAUACCUAUGGGAAGCCCACAAGCAGGAUUUGAAUACAAGAGCACUCUCCCCGCCGGUGGUUUCUAGAAACUGGUAUUCACAACUAUGCUGCCUCUGACAGUGGAGAUAGAAGACAGUCAUCACGGCUAGUGGUAUCACCUUAUGUUCCAUGAGUUUGUUUAAUCCUCUUUUAAAGUCAUCCAAUUUGGUAGCCACCACUGCUGUUGCUGCUGCUUCAUCACAUGAAAGGCCUGGUUGGGCCUUAGAAGUGGAGGAAUUUCCACACUUUCCCCCUUGCUUUUUAAAACUUGCUGCACAGAGGGCACUACUUUAGUUGACAGGCUUCCAUUUAGGUUUUAUGAGCAUCCUGAGUUAUAUCUAGAUGCCCUCAUCAACUAAAAUACCAACUAUCCGACUUCUAGAAAACAUCUGAAGGCAGCCCUAUUUAGGGAAGGUAGAAAUAAUAAAUAAUUAGUAUUAUGAUGAUGAUGAUGAUGAUCAUCAUCAUCAUUAUCAUCUUUUACGAGGAUUACAUUGAAAUAAACUUUUCCUUAGGAGAGAUUUCAAAAGAGUUGCUGAAAGUCCCAUUUUUCUACUGCUGCUUCCUUGCAAAUAUCCCUAUACUCGUUUCAGCAAUGGCCUUUUCUUGUCUUUCAGGUCAAAAAAGAGACCCACAGAACAAGAAGUGGAAGAGUAAGUUUCUUGCUUCACCACCCACCACAUUUCUGCAUAAAUAUCAACAGAAUCAGCCAAAUGUGACAUCUUUGUAUUUUAUUUUCUGUCUGUGGCAGUAGACCUUCCUAGUUUUUUUGCUGAUGCAAACCUGAUCAACGUUUAGUUAGCUUUGCUCAGUGAAGAUUGGAACAUAUUCUUCUUUAAGUGCUCAGAAGGAAUAGCUUAGCAUGACUUAAGAAGACUUCCCGAAUCAUUAGAUUAUGAAGGCGUGAUUUGCAAAAACCCUCAAAAACCCGUCAUUCCCAGUGUUCUGAGUUUGGACAUCACAUUGUCUCUACUGCCACUAUCAUUUCAGUGAUGGUGUAUUUGGAACAGAUACCAAGAUUGCCUCCCUCAUUAUUCACAGGGGGCUGCAUCCAAUUCUGCCCCUCCACUUUCAGAAAACUCUUUUUUCCUCUAGUUAACACUUUUGCGAUGGAACUUAGCGGAGGGAAUUUUCACGAUUUCCCCCUUCUCUUCCAUUCCCUCAAAUCACCUUGCCCUAUUCUGUUUUUCUUCGGAGGAAGUUGUGCACAGCAGACAGUGGAGUGAAAUAGGACUUCAGGAGAUAUCGUUUUAUAGUUAUGCCUCUAAGAUUGUCUUCUGUCUCUGGUUUCUUCUAGCCAUCGCCUGAGACAGCAGAGUUUAGAGGCAGAGGAUGAAGAAGAAGGUAAGAGCCUGCAUUCCUAACUGAAUUUUUAAAAUAGGAUUUUAGGAGAUCAGCAGAAAAAUUAGGUUUGCACAAAUGAAGUGGAUUAAAGGGCCUUGUUACCCUUAGAAUCAUAGAAUCAUUGAAUUGGAAGGGACUCCGGGGGUCAUCUAGUCCAACCCCCUGCAAUGCAGGAAUCUUAACUCAAGCUUUCUCUUACUGUCAGAAAGCUUUUCCUGAUGUUGAGCCAGAAUCUCCUUUCUUGUAGCUUGAAUCCAUUGGUUCAUGUCCUACCCUCCGGAGCUGGAGAAAACAAGCCCGCUCCUUGUCCAAAAUAUAUAUGGACUUUUUGUGCUUAGAAAAAUUAUAGGCUCUUGAAAAGUGUGGAAUGAGCAGAUUAUUAAAAGGAAGGUGUAUAAACACCUUGCAACCAAACCAGAAUGAAUGCUCAAUAAAUAGCUUGUUUGGGGGAGCUCUGAGGGGCCUACAUUUGUGUUCCGGAAGCCUUUUCAGUUAAGAUUAAGAUGAAUAGAAUCUCCCCUAGCAGAGGUAUCAAGUGAAUUUAAGAUACAUGUGUAAGAUAAAGGGUAUUUCUUCUACUAUAAGGCGCAAGAGGCAUAGCAAGCGACUUUCUGCACUACCAGGGCCAUAGUGCUUUUUGUGUAUGUGCAGGCAUGUUCCAUUUGUGGAACUGUUUGGGAGGGGAAGAGAUCAUUCAGCACCCUCCUCCUUCCCAAUGCACUUGCAGAGGCAGCGUACAGCAAAACACAAAACGCAAAACAUUUUACUGCAGCGUAGAAAACAAAAGGACAUAAGAAGAGCCUGCUGGAUCAGGCCAGGGGCCCUUUUGGUCCAGCAUCCUGUUCUCACUUUGGUCAACCAGAUGCCUAUGGGAAGCUGCAAAAUAGGAUCUGAGAGCAACAGCAUGCUCCCCUCCUGGUCAGUCAUCACUGAUUCAGGACAAGAUGAGCAUAUAAGUGAAAUUAAUACUUUUUCGCCCAGACCAAAUGCUUCAGAAUCACUGAACUAGCAUCAGAUUCACCUUUGGUUGAUGAAGGCUUUUGGUUGCCACCUAAAAAGUGAGUGAAUAAAGCGUAUUUGUUCCAGAGUAAAUACCCGCCUAAAAGUACCCAGAAUGUUGAAGACAGGAAGCAGCUACAGGAAGUGUGCCUUUGCUGCAGAACUGGAGAAAAUGUGAGAGACCAGUAGCAUCAGAGCCUAGGGGCAGGAAAUGGGGAAUUAAUUGAAGGGUUUAGCUUUGGCAUUAAAUAAGGCAGAAAUUGUCUCUAGAACCUGGAUAUUCCCCAUUUAUCUGUACCGCUUAGUGUUCCUAUGCCUGUUGAACACCCUUGUUUGCCUCCUCAAGGCAAGCCUUUCACACACCUCAAGAACAAUACUGAGAAGUCUUACAAAAAUACCUCUGGAAAUAAAGAGUCUGGCCCAUUUGGCAUCCUGCCUGCCUGCAAAGGAUGGGCAGGUGCAGCCCUGCAAUGUUCCUGCUGCUGUUUUUCUUCUAAUAGCAACUGUGGUUUUCCACAGCUUCCUGACUGGGCUUCUGCUAUGCCUGGUUUGCUGUGGGCUUCUAGCAUCUAGGAACAGUUUUAUCAGCCAAGAGAAACAAGUGGAGAAAUGCUCAAGGUGCUUGUGUAGGGAAACAUUUACAAGGGCAGCAGGAAACCUGGCAGGCAAGGACAUGUUUUCUGCCAGGAGGUGCUACGUUUAACUUGAAAUGACUAAAUCUCAGGCCACGUGAGAAGUGACCUGCAGGGUUAAUCUCCACAAAAACAAGAAUAAAAUUACCCAAUCUUGCCUACAAAGAGAAGGGAAUUUUACAUACGGGAUGAGGAACUGAUCAAUAUGUGGUCAUUCUCAAACAAAACAAUGGGGUGGCAUUUGUUACUUGAGAGGUGCAAGAACCAGCUCACACAACCAGUGAAAUGAAACUGCUAAUACAUGCAGUGGAGCCAGUGGUCCACACAGGCAGGUAUACUUCAUGGGUGGCAUAAUUCUUUCCUGUCUUCUUCACUAAGAAUGUAACUCUUUGGUUGGGGUCUGGAUAUUUUCUGUGUUCAGAGAGCAUAGCAUACUUUCUAGUGGCACAUAAAUAUUUUCCAGCACUUAUUUUUAGUAAUAAAAUACUGGGCCAAGAAUACCAAGAUUCAGAGCUUGGAACAAUAUAAGAUUCUUCAUACAAAUUAAACUGACUUACAUGCCAUAUUCUUAACCUGUUAUUUCCACUUCUGCAGAAUUUACUAAUGUAUUUUCUAAUGUGCUUCCAUAGUCAUGGAAACUAGAAACUAACUUUCUUAAAAAUCAAAGAUUCUCAGAAAUACAAAUUCUGUCCCAGAUACUGGGAUUCACUAGGGAAGUCUGCGCACAUGAAAAAAUGAAGGCAAACAGUCUUCAUAGAAGCAUCAAAUUGUAGAGUUGGAAGGGACCACAAGGGUCUUCUAGUCCAACCCCCUGCAAUGCAGGAAUCUUUUGCCCUAUGUGGGGCUUGAACCCACGACCCUGAGAUUAAGAGUCUCAUGCUCUACCGACUGAUCUUGUCAAUACUUUGCUUCUUUGUGUGCUCAGGCGUGUGUGUAAGUAUGAACGUACCUAAGCAAUGUGUGCUAAGUCAGUAGGCAGCAUACCUCUGCUACUUUCCCCUUGUUUCUAUCCAAGUCCUCUUGCUCUGAGACUCAAAGAGAAGGUCUGUGGCUUACUGCACCAUGGGAAGUCUGCUUUAAUAGGAUUUAAUAUAGUGACAACCUUAGGAAUAAUAAACUCUUGCAAGCAACAAAAAUUGUUUAAUUCCUAAAGGACAGGCCUGGUUGAACCACUUUUGGCCAGGGGCAAUUGGGGGCUUAAUACUGUGUAUGUAGCAAUCUGGGUGAAUUGAGAGAGAGGCAUUUAAGGGUAAUUGCUCAAUUUUCUAUCCGUGUCAACAGGGAAAAUAGGCAGAAGUGGCUGAGCUCAGCACAGUAAUAGAGCUGGAUGAGAUGGAAGAUGCCAGGCUGUUAGGUGAAUUGGAAAAGUGCUAUCUUUUGAGUGUUUCCUUCCCAGAGCUAGGUGCUUCUUCUAUGCUCAGGCUGCUCUGUAGACCUACAUAAGGGGGAAAAACAAGGAUUUUGAAAGGGGUGGUCCCUGACCCUUCUCUGAGGGUUGAACCCAGUAUUUUGCUUUUGUUUCCCUUCUUGUUUUUGUAACUGCAGGUCAGUUCCUGUGUGGGUAGUUCUGGACAUCACUAGAGGUUGUUCUUCCUUUUUUCCAGACUCUUCCCUCUGAUUCCCUGUAAUAUCCAACUUCAUCCUUUUCACAUGUGUCCCACUCUCUUAUAUGCUUUUUGAGAAAUAGAGCCAAGAGAAUGCCUUUUUAAAAAAGAAAAGUAGAAAGAAAGAAAAGGGAUUCUGUUGUUUGGGGUUCACUUGACCCCAGGAAUGUAAUUAUGGGCAGGCAGGCCUGGUACCUCAUGUGAGUGGUGUUUUGCCCCAAUGCAGCCAUUUUGUUCUUUUGCAGAAGUCAACGGUGGCCACUCACUUCUCCAGAAGCAAUUAAAGCACUGUGCUUGGGAACAGGGUUGGGAUAGAAGCAAAACUCCCCCCAUGGCAUCAAUCUGUGUGUCAGGUAUUGGGAGGGGGGAAAGGCAGAUUUAAUGCCCCUGAUGAGUCUAUAAAUUUCUUUGCAACAUUUAAUUUCUUAUAUGUAUUUACACAUGGGGCCUGUGACAAAAUGUUGCGCUAUAGAGUGUUUUCAGUGUUCCACUCAGUUGGCCAUGCCCCAGUGGCACAACAGGCGAGUGCGUUUGGCUGUUACCAGAAGGCUGGUGGUUCAAGUCCACCCCAGGAUUCCUGCAUUGCAGGGGGUUGGGUCAGGGUCCCUUCCAACUCUACAAUUCUACAAUUCUAAGAUACUCAACCCAUUCCCCCUCCCACUUGGUUUUCCUCUUUCCUCCCCAAGUCUUUCAGGAUGCUCAGUCCUCAUUGGGAUGAUUUUGGAUACACACACUCUCACACACAAGCCCCCCACUGUAAAUAUUUUGCUGUACUUCUGAAAACUGGAUUUCCACCCAGGUUUGCUGAUACCAUGCACCAUCUUAUGCAUUGAUAGUGUCAUUUUGCCUAUAUAAAGACCAGCUCUUCAAGAAUUAAGCUUGUGGUUAGGAUAUAUUAUUACAUUUCCUUCAAUCAUAGAACUCUAUGAGGCAUUUUUAGGGUUCAAAGGCAGACUACCAUCCAGGUACUAUUACACAGACCCAGGUCUGCUUAGCUUUAGCAGAGCUGCAACCUUAGCUGCCUUCAUGCCCUGUUGUGCCUCCUCUUUGGAACAAACUGGCAAUGACGACUGGUGUUGAGGUGGAUGGAAAAGGUUGACCCCUUUCUCUGGCAUACCAGUGCCUUGGGGCAGAUUUUUUCUGUGCCUUAACUAACUACCUGAUUGCAGUCCCUAUUCUGUCUCCUGUAACUGCAGCCUGCCCUGCUGACAAGUGCUUUACUAAUAAGUAGCAGGUUUUGGAUUUGGGUCUGGUUUACAGCAGAGCUCAGAACAGGCCACUACAAGCUGAAUCAGUCCUUAAAAAAUACACAGUGAAGUAUUAUAGCUCCUUUCACUAAUCUUAAAAAUUGAGAUUUCAAGGCGGAUAGGAGCCUUUGAGUCGUAAACUACAAGAGUUCUUUGCAAAUAACAGAGUCCAAGCUUUGGAGGGGAGCAGGGCACUAUGGCUAAGCAAUGAGACUUUUGGUAGAGUUAAGAUUCUGAGGUAUAGAGCUGGGGGGCAUUGGAAAGAACUGUAGGAAAAACAUUGAGGAUUGGUGAAAUUAAGAUGGGAAGUGAGCAAGGAACAAAAUGGACGGACUAAGGAACAAUCAGGUCAGGUGACAAUUAUUUUUGCACCUUUGAAUUUGGCCAGCCACAAAUUUCUACUAAGGCAUGUGCAUGACUUUGGAUUGCCACCAAAGCUUUGGCCCACACUGUUCUAAACAUGGCAUUCUGUUUAGCGAGGGCUGUAGUUCGGACAGCAGGAUGGGCUUGUAAUAGCAUUAAAGAGUAGUUAGAGAUCAAAGAACGUCACCGGAGAGGCAAGCAGUGAGGAUAUUUACAAAAAGAGCUGCUACCUUGCUUGACCUAAGGUUGAUCAAAGGGAAUAGAUAGUGGCUGUCACCCACUUUGAGAAGACUUGUCUUGAAAAACAAGAUACCAAUUUAUUAAAUACAUACAUGCAAUGAAGACAUAGUGUGUAGGCACCAGACAUUAGUGUGGUGCUGCUCUUUCAGAGUCCCUUUCUUUACAGAGGGGCUUAGUGUUUCUCUGGAAAGGCCAAAGUCGUACAAUGCACACUGUUGGAGUAAUGGUGACGGGCAAUGAUAAGCAUGCCUGCUUCAGAACGGGCUUUUGGCAUGCAGUGCUUUCCUGGCACAAUUCUGCGAAACCCUAAAUAUACAGUCCUAUUGGCAGCUGUGAUUGUUGAGUCCAUAAGUGUAGUUGACGGACUAGGUUUACCUAAAAGACCCUUUAAGAAAAAGCUCUUGAAAUAUGAUUACAGAAUUGAGACACCAUCAUUUGAAAGUGCCUGAGGCAUGCUUCUUUGAAAAUUGCAGCUGUAGAGGGACAGCAAGAGAACCGCAUAGCCCUUGAUUGUAGCGUUGUUCCCUCAGGACCUGCUCCCCCCCCCCCAGUUUCUCAUCUGAUAGGAGUGAGAAAGAAAGCAGCAGUUAGGCUCUUCGUCUGUCUUAUGAAAAUCCGAUUCCAAGUGGCUGUGAUCAAACCCAGUUGGCUGUCAGCUGUGGUGGCCUCAUGUGCAGGGAGGGAGGGGCUUCUGAGGAGUUUCUGGAUGUGGAAAUGUCAUGAGUGCUACCGAUCAAAGCUGCAUUUUUUAAUAAAUAUAUAUAAGAUUUUUUAAAUAAAAAAAAACCCUAAGGAAUUUAGCAUAAAAGAAAUGUAGUUUGUCUUGUUUUUGCAGUGGAGCAUGAAAGGGAUUAAAUAGAAUCAGACAUACCUGCUCCCUAACAUAAUUCAAUGAGAGGCUUAUAAGAAACUUCUUUCUUGCUUCAUAUUAAGGCAAAAAUCACCAAACUGGCAUUACAGAAGGAAGUUUUCUAUUUCUUCCAUACCCUGUGCACUCUACUCAAUGUGCAAAAGACUAAACUGUAGGAUAAAACUGUAUAAUAAUGAUCGCCUCUUGAGUUUUGUCUUUUGAAAAUGAACGUGGGCAAGAAUUACAAUGUCACAUAUAUGCGUAUUUUGAAAGGAUGGAUCAAGCCAAGUAGUUGCGCUGAGCAUGAAAUGACAAACAGAUGAACAAGGAGAAGCGUUAAGAACAGCAUUCCUAGGUCAGAUAAAUGGUGCAUCUUGCCAAUUCCCCUAUCACCAAAAGCAGUUAGUGCCACAUUCUAGUGAGGAAGUCUAUAACACAACAUUGACAUGAACUAGUAUUGGGCAACCUAACAUGUCUGAACAAGUUGGACCUGCAACAAAAUGUUGCAGAGUGGAGUUCAGUACAAAUAGUUAAAUACAAAUAGAACGCAGAUACUGAAGGCAACAGGCACGAUCCAGUUGUAAACCAAUGGGAAUAAGAUCAAUGAACUUAAUGAGUAAGGCCUUUUGAUUGCUUACGAUCAAAAUGGUCAAGACACCUGCAGCUCCAUUUGUUCAUUUCCACCAUUGCUAUUCUCGCAGUCAGGAGUAUAGCCACAUUUCUUUUUCGUCUCUCUUCGAGUCAAUUCACAGGACCAAAUUACAGUAGCAACUUAAAAAGUGCAGUUUUGAGUCAAUCCAUGUUGAUUUUGACACGAGUCACUUGAAGUAAAUCUAUAAUGCACAAUGAGAAACCUGCUUAAAGGGGCUGAAUGACAGCAGUGAACCUAAGUUGAGUUGCAGGCAGGGUGUGGGAUGUAGCAGAUGAAUGAGCACUGAGUUCUGGACUCUUGGUGUUUCCACACUUACAACAUGGUGAUUUCAUCUCUUAAGGGUUUUUUCUGCAUGGAGCUUUUGCGUUCCUAUGACGAUUUCUCCCACCCUUUUCUGGUUUGGCAACACAGAUGUUUUGGGGCUGAAUUACAAUAUGAGUUCAGAUACUCAAGAAGGUGCACUGUAAUACAUCAUAGUUUAUUUCUUGCCCCUUAUUUUGCGUGUCUUGUGGUAAUGCAUGUUUUAAAAUCCCAAUGCCUUGUCUGUUUAGUUGGAAUUAUUUUUUCCAAGACUUUGCUCUUAAUUAAAAAUCAAUUUAAUCACUUAGUUUCUCAGUCAUUCUUUCAGCUCUGUGAGUGCUUUCUGCUAACGCACAAUCUGUUUCAGAGAUUUGAACAAUUUGUACUCUCUGUAAAAUUUCCACAGGGGCACCCCCCCAAUUGCUUACCUUUCCCCCAAUUGCUUACCUUUUUCCACUGAGGCAAUAAACAACUGGUGCCUUACCUCAUUCAUUGCCUUUCAUUUUCAAAAAUGGAAUUCGAAGAAGCUUCUGAUUCAGUUAUUCAUAUCCAGUGCAUCAGAGAUGUUUUCCUCAGUUUUUUUUUUUUUUUUUGUAACCAAAAACAUUUGGGACACAGCACAAAUGCUAAAGAUACCUACUUAUAUUAGAGUCUAACAAAAUAAAAGAUUGGGACUUUUGAAAAUUAUUUUUCAGAAUUUGUUCUAUGACAGUGAAUUCCAGGCAUAUUUUGUACAUUAGCAUACUAAAGUCCAGGAUUUUGCUGCUAUAUUGGCUUGUAUGAGUAUACAGCUUGAUUUAGUUGCAGGAAAAUAUAAUAUGUAAUAUGUUUGUUGUUUCACAUAAUUAAAAUUAAACAAAAAUGCAUUUAUUUUUAAAGCAUGCCUUUUAGUCUUUUAAUGGCAUUUUAUUUCAUUUUUUGCAUUGAUGGCAUUUGUUGACAUUUUUUGGUGUUGUUUUAAUUAAUGGGGAUAUACCUUUAUUUUGAAUUUUGGUUUAUAGGCACUUCAGUAGCAGCUUCAUUAUUCAUUUUUUUUCAAACUAGUAUCCUAUCUUUUGUAAGGUAAAUGAUACUGUAUUUGAGAGUUUAGACACAUUUUUGGCUUCAGAAAUACUGCAUUUAGUUGUAUUAGUACAGCAUCCUGUUCUCUGGUGCUCCAGCUGUUGUUACUGUUUGGACCAAUUUGUGUAUAUCACUUGGUGAUAGAUGAGAAAUUGCUUUUUGUUACCUACAGCUCAGAACUAGCUUCUCCGGAAAGUAAUAAUUUAUGGCAUCUACGGAUGUAAUCUUUGCAUCACGCCCUCAGGCAACAUUUAUACAAUUAAUAUGAGGACAACUGAAAUCUGUUCCUUGUAUUUUCUUUUUUAGCAGUUACAUUCCACAGUUGUUAUCAGUACGAUGUGCAAAUGGCCAAUCACAAAUUUUCACAUAUUUGUUUAUUAAGGCAGAGUUGCUGGAGAAAAAAAAUAACUGGUUCCGGAAUCUGAGCCUUUAACAUACACAGCUAGUUAUCUAUUUGGCACAGAAGCAUGAGCAGAGUGAUCCUGUAUACACUACUUCAAGUUGGGACAAGAGAUACAUGGCAGCUACACCAGUGGAAUGACCAUACAGCCAAAUUCAUCCCCAGGACUAAGAGAGGUGGAAAACAGCAGGGGGGAAACUAAAACAACAGAAAAACAGCAUGGAUUCCCACAACAUCCCUGCCAGUGUCCACCAGUCAUGUGCAAACACAUACCAGUCAGUAUGUAAAAGUCUCUGAAAAGAUCCAGAACCUUUGACCUGCUGAACUGUGGGACGUGGUACAACCAUCCAAAGCCCACUGUGAUAUGUUUGUGAGGCAUUUUAAGAAUACAGUGGUACCUCAGGUUAAGUACUUAAUUCGUUCCGGAGGUCCGUACUUAACCUGAAACUGUUCUUAACCUGAAGCACCACUUUAGUUAACGGGGCCUCCCGCUGCCGCCGGAGCACGAUUUCUCUUCUCAUCCUGAAGCAAAGUUCAUAACCUGAAGCACUAUUUCUGGGUUAGCGGAGUCUGUAACUUGAAGCAUAUGUAACCCGCUAUCUAGUGAACUAUUAGGAAUGCAAUCUUGUCGUUGGAUGAGUCUCAGUUGAUUGAUUUUAUGUCAUUAGUAUCCCACCUUUUCUCCAAGGAGCUGAAGGUAGCAUCCAUGGGUCUUCCCCUCUCCAUUUAAUCCCCACAACAACCCUGUUAGGCUGAGAGGCCAUGACUGGCCCAAGGUUACCAAGUGGCCUCAGGAAGGUGAUCAAUGUCUCUUUAAGAGUUGGGGGUGAUCUUCAGGUACCUGCAAGGGACAUUAGCAAACCUGCUCCUGACGAAGCCUUCCCUAGGACCUAGAAGGUACCCGUCAUUUUAGCCCAGUGGCGUAUGUCCCUUCCUGGCCAAGGUGUGGCCAACUAGAUUCAGACUCUCUUAAAUUAAACUGAUUUUUUUGGAUACAUUUCAGUCAGGAUUCAGGCCAGGUUUAGCACAGAUACUGCGUCAGAAGAGAGACAGAAGAAUGUGGCGCUACUGAAUCUCAGCGGCUUUUAAUGCCAUUGAACAUAGUGGCUUUCUGGAGCGAAUGGCUGAGUGGGGAGCAUCUAGCCUUCAGGCUGCUGAACAGGGCUCCCUUCUUAUGAUCUUAUAUUAAUGUUCAGUAUGAAUGAAUCUAAAUGGCUAGAUGUUGACUGCCCUAUGGACGGGAGGCGCACAAAUGUUGCCCCCAUGUUUGAGAAAGGGAAAAAAGAAGACCCAGGUAACUACCAAGUGGUGAGAUGACCCUUGAGGUCCUUUCCAACUCUACAAAUCUAUUUAAAAGGAUAGCCAAGAAGUCAUUCAAAGAGAGUUCACCCACAUUUUCUCUCUCUCUCUGGAAUAUUCUCAACACAGAGGCAAUAGUGCAACAAUUAUUUUACUAUAGUGUAUAGUGGAAGGGAAGUCAACCUUGCUGCAGGGGGGGGGGUGUUUGCUACUUCCUUGUCUCUCCCACCCCAAAUCAGAACAGGCAACCAAAUAUCAAGGUUUAGAUGAUUUAAGAGACAAUAAAAUGCAGCUUGCUUUUGUUUUCUCCUAAAAUUAUGGCCUUUAUAAAGUGGUGUUCUUUGGCACUACAUAGCAUAGGGCAAGGGCUAUGAUGGUGAUGAGAUCAUCCUAAAGCUUCUUAGAUAAUUUCUGGCUGUAGUCAGCAUGUUGGCACAGUUGCAGCUGUUCGUAAAUGCUUUCAGGAAGUUGGACAGCCCCCUUUUUGGUUUUUCCUUGCUAUCUCCAUAUUUUUUAGGGCUAUGACUUUCCCUUUAAUGACAAGGUUUGAAACCCACUUCUCUGUGAAUGGCAUCACCAAUGGCUAGUGUGACCUGAUGCUGGAAGAGUAAAUUGUAACCCUCCACCAUCUAUGCCCUGGCCAGUGGUCCAGAGAGGCUAUACAUGCCUCAUUGGUUUGCUUAUUACCCUCAAAGAAGAGAGAACUCAAUCUUGUUUGUGUGUUCCACAGAAGCUGCCUCCAUUCCUUGUUCCUUGCAUUUUUUUGAAGACCCUAGCCUGUUGCUUUCCACUUCUCUAUUUUUAUUCCUCCUUUUUCUAUUUAGAGGGAAAAAUUAUCGAAUUGAGAUGCACUAAUUAAAGCCAUUUUCUGGUAUUUGGUUACUGGCGUGUUUGAUGUCUCUCUGACAAGACCAUGAAAUGCAUGGGGUGUCCACAGGGACAGAAUUUGCUGAACACGGUGCUUUGUAAAUGCGGGGACACAGUGUCGCAGCAGCUCAUGAAUAUGAAACGCCCAUGAUGCUACCUCAGUGGACUCGAGAACACAGAUGAAUCCUGUCAUGUGCUAAAUGAGACCAAUUUCUUUCACUUAACUUCAUCUUCAAUCAGAUACCUUCUUCCAUUUGCCUGUUUAAAAUUCCCUAAACGUGAUGCAGAAGGUAACAGCAUUCAGUAAAACAAAGUUUUGCAGCAGCAGAGAAAUUAGAAUUGUGUCUGGCUGAAGUUUUCUUCUGUUCAAAUAUAAAACUUAGCUCACUUCCUUUGCUUUUAGAGCCUCUCAUAGUGCUGUGCACAAAACAGGGAGGACCCAGAGAGCUGGCCUUCAAAAUCUCACUUUUCUACAUGCUCUGCUCUUAUAUAGUUUUGUAUGUACACAGCUCUAGAGGUGUGCAUUCUUGCAUUCUUUGGAUACAGCAACUAACUAGGAUUAUACUUGGAGGAGUUCCCAUGCAGAAUUGCUUAUUGAAAAUGGCAGGUCAAUAAAUGGGAACAUAGCGUGGCACAGCACAGCAGAGAGCAUUAUUUUAGGGCUUUGGAUAAUUCCUGAGAACAAACUAGGUCAGUGUUUUUCAGUUGUAGGAUUCCCAGGGAAACUCAAUCCACCAAUUUCUUUUUACUCUUUCUGCAGCAUUGUUCCCUGCUUCUCAUGUGGCUCCUUUCUAGAGUCUAGCAUCACUAUUUGAGAAUGUGGGAACCAGGCUGAGGGAUUUCAACUAAAGAAAUUCCCAUGUUGAAAUUUCCCACCCAUAGAGACUCAUUUCCCUAGCUGAGAUGCACUCCAUCAGGCAUCUCUUCUUCUGCCUUCAGAAACUUGUGAAUUUUCAUAUGACAACAAUUGGGAACAUUGGGGAUACAGUUACUGGUCAACAGGCCAAGAGUUGCCUGAGGCAGACUGCUUGGCAGGGCCAGUGGUUUCAGGGAGUACCUGCGUGAGUUACUAUAAAGAUUUUGGAAGCAAAUGCUUCUAAAUGAAAUGAAACUAAAUGGGGGGGGCAGAUUUCUUGUAUUUGAUCAGCAUCUCUGGUGAUAUGCAUCUUGUACUGUUCUCUGUAUGCUCUUAUCUGAACUAUGUAGAUUAAUCUGUAGGGAACUAAUUUAUGAAGGUACUUCGCCCUUGAGAAAUGUUUAUUAGAUUUAUCAUUUUAUUCUAACAGGAAUAGGUUCUAUACGUUUUCACUAAAAUCCCUAGCAAAGAAUAAGGCUGAUUUUUAAAUGCUGUACUUGUGAAAGCCUCUAAAUGUAACUUUUGAGCUGCCGAACAGCUCUUUAUUGCUAAAGCUUUACCAGCCCUAUAUCUGAUAACACAGGGGUAGAGAACUUGAUCUGACUGGUGGGCCACUAUUGGCAGGUGGGCAGGGCUGUCCAGCUGUCAAUCACCUGACAUCUUCCUUAAGUUUCAAAGAAUUUGAAGUGUACUCUAAGUUCACUCCCGAUUCUUGCAGGCACUACUUGAAUUCAAACCAUAGCUGCAAAUAUUAUUGUCAAAUGAAGGGACUGACUUCAUUUGGGAGCUUCUAAGUGGAACCAGUCCCAGUGGGGACUGCAUUUGGGGGCAAAUUUAAGAGGUGUCCAGUGCAAAAACUGCUUGCAGUGGAACAAUCAGGUGGGGAUCCUAAGGCUCCCAACUGUUCCUUUGCAGCCAAAGCUUUACCUACCCGACCCCUGCUAUCAUAUGGCAGCAGGUAUGGGGUGAGUUGGUGUGGCUCUGGAAAAUGGCCUGGCAGACCUAAUCUGAUUUGUGGGCAAGAGGUUCCCCAAGUAAUAAUGCAGGAUAAUAAUGCCCUUUUUCCUGCACAUUUAGAUCUUUUUAAAAAAUAUCAUACAGGGUUCUAUUUAUGUGUGAUUUUUUUUCCAAUGAACAAGAUGAAUAAGUUAAAAGACAUAAGCUUUACCUGAAAGAAAUACACUGGACUUAGAAGCCUUCUCUGAAAGAAAGAACCCUUACUUAGUUUAAUGUUCUUUGCGCCUCAUCAUUCUUGGUAUUUCCUCUUGAUUUCAUGAUUCUGAUCCUCUGGUUUCUUAAUUGCAAUAAGCAUUUCCAGCCUGGCAAAAUGUGAGUUAACAGCACAUAGUGAAAUCAGUUUGGCCUUGGCUGGCUGCCAAUUUCAAGUAAGUAUGAUAUUCAGUGUAUGCUGCAGAACUUGCCAUACUAAAUGGGUUGCAUGAAGGGUUCCCAAGUAAUACCUUUAAUCUAUGUUUUCUGAAUAGCUGCUGAGCUUCUUGCGCUCAGAAAGUGGUACUUAAAAGGCAGGUUUCUCUGUGCAAGAACCAGCUCCUAAAGGGGAAUUGACUGAGUAUGCAAAACCUUUGACAGGCCACCAGAUCCUUACAGAUUCAGGUCUUAGAUUUGUUUUCAGCUUAUCUUUCACCACUUUUUAUUUCUCUGUCGUUCUUUUGUGGCCUGCUCAGCCAGAGCCUCUGCUGAGAAAUAAGCUUAUGCAAAUCUUCCAUGAGCAUUGACCGGCCUUCCUAUGCUACGGCACUGAGGAGGAGGCCACAGAGUAUCUCUGUGCUGUUUGGCACAAAGAUGGCACCUCCAGUGCUCUGGUUCCUCUUUAUCCAAGUUGCUGUGAGCUGAAAGCUGCUCCGUUGAAGGCAACAGGUCCUUGAGUGGUUGGGGAGCUGGAAAGCACAACUCUGCAGAGAUUGUCCAAGCUGUCACCGUCUCUUGCUUUAGCUUGGCUCUGGCUUCAGUCUCGGUUUCAUUCAGCCCCUUCACCAGGCAGCCAAUUAGAAAGAAAUCCCACUGUGUGGGUUGCUCCAAACAGCCCUCUUGUCAAGAGUCCGGGCUAACCCUUGCCCUGCUGCAGAUGGACCAGCACUUCCUCCGCCAGGGUCAGGGAAGCCUGCAGGGAUGCUGAGCGGAUAGGAAGAUGGGACCUGUGCACUUCGGAACUGGGAGAGGGCUGUAAGGGGAAACACAUAUUUUUUUAAAGACCCCGUCCUGGACCCCAGACUCCACAGGCAGGGCGCCUUUCCAGCUCUUGAAUAUUCAUUUCAGCCUGGGCUGCAGACUGGACAGAGCUGGAAACAGUCAAAUGCUUAGUUAGAAAAGCACAGUUGUGGAUAAAAUUGGAAGCAGCCUGUUCGCUGCCAAGGCGCCAUCUCCCUUUCAUUUCAGGCAGUGGAGUAAAGGAUCACAGUAGAGCUUGGCCAGCCAGUUUCCUGAGGAUUGUAUGACUCUGGAACCACUUUCAGAAUCAGAACAAGUCAGGGAUGGCCAGCUUCUUAAAACCAGAGGAGGUGCAUACUUUAGAGCUCAGCUGCUCAAGGGCUAGUUCACUGGAAAUGCAGUGUUUAUGGGGUAUUUCAUCAUACCAGGGUGGCCAAAAUGUCUGGCAUUGAAAAAGAAAAAUGAAAUCCACAAUUCAAAUUCAAAAUUAGAAUGCAGUGAAACCAAGUCUAGUGUGAACUAUCCAGAGCUGCAGAUAGUCAAUACAUUCUGGUCGGCUGGAUGCUGCUUGCAGGCAGCUGGCUGGCCAGCUUGGGGAAGGGCCACUGGCUCAGCAGUAGAGUACAUGCUUUGCGUGCAGAAAGUCACAGGUUCAAUCCCUGGCAUCUCCAGAUAGGACUGGCAAAGAUCUCUUCUGAAAUCCUUGAGAGUAAUUGCCAGUCAAUGUAGAUAGAACUGAGCUGGGUGGACACAGGCAGGUACUUGCAUAGAACUAUAAAUAUUUGCCUGGGGGGAAAUAUAGCUAAUUUCACUCUCGCUGUCCUGAGAGACAGCCUUAUUCACAAAACAUUGAGCCAUGUAUGUAGGCAAAGCCUGAGGAAGCUUCUUGUCACUUGGAGCACAGCAGUUUGAAUUGUCGCAUAAAUAGAAUAGAGAUAAAGUAGCCCACCUAGGAGAUGGAAAACUCUGAUUCUAAACCUAAACCAGGGAUUUUUUGGGAGAAAAAAAGGCUAAGGAGUAAACCCUACACAAAUCCGAAGUGGAAUCUGUAAGGCAGUUGGAUGGCGCCUUGUAUGCCCCCUUCUGGCAACUCCUGCAGCCAAGCUGGUGACAAAUAUAUUGCUGUGUUUUCCUUUGGACCACACCAGCAAGACUGAGUGGGGAGGGUCUAGGCAGCCCAGGACCUCCAUAUACAUUACCCAGGCUUGCGCCCCAGGGAGGUUACUUCAGUGCUGCUAAUUCAGCAGUUUGACUUCACCCCCAGAGGUGCACUCCCUUGUCCCUUGAGACAGAUGGAUGCCAGCAACAAGACAGAGAUAAUCCCGAUCAUCUUCUAUUUGCUGUCUGAGCUCAUAUGUUUUGCCACAUGACUGCAAGAACAUUACUCUGGGUAGUCUUUGGCAGUUUGUCAUAACAGUCAGGCUAUCCCUCAAUCUUCACAGAGAGCCUUUUGCUUUUCAUUCUUUCUUGGGAUCUGUAUACUCUUCCCACUGGAGCACAAAUCCAUCCAUUUAAUUUUAAAGAGGGUGCAGCAGCCACAUAGGCAUUGACCCUGCAGUGUGGGUCUCUGGUGUUUUCAGAGAUACAUUGUACGAACAUACCAAGCUGCUUUACACUGGUGUCCAUUGGUUCAUCUACAAGGAUUGUCCACUCUUGUCAACUGCUCUCUGGGAUCUUAGGCAGAGGUCUUCUCCGCCAUCUGCUACAUGAUCCUUUUAACUGGAGGCGCCAGGAAGUGAUCCUGGACAUUUUGUGUGCAAAGCAUGAGCUGUAACACUGAGCUAUGACCCCUCCACGUUACUUUCACACUGAGAAAACUAGGGAAAGUUUUGGUAGUUCUGCAGCCUUAUGUCUCCUCCAUCCCUUGCAGAUAUCCCAGUGAUCCCUGACUUGGAGGAGGUACAAGAGGAAGACUUUGCCAUGCAGGUUGCAGCCCCACCCAGGUAACAGCAAGAUCACAGCUGCCAUGCAAUUCCUUGUGCUGAACUGGUAGUCAUAAGUGGACCCCACUCAUUUGGAUUUUGUUGUGAUUUGCUUGAGCAGUUACAUGGUGUUGCUAUGAAUAACAGGUGGUUAUGAUAAACUCUGUUGUUUUCAUAUGGAGAGAGAGAACAGCUGCUAUGGACUCUGAAUAUGUGUGUCAACCCCAAAAAUACAAACUUUUUAUUAAGACCAGGUCUGUAUUUAUGGCAGCUACUUUAUUUAUUCAUAAUAUUUCUUAACUGCCCUUCAUCCUAAGAUCUCAAGGCAGGUUACAACUAAGGAAUAUACAAUAAUAAAGCAAGUAAACCCAUUCCAAGUGGAACAUAUGGAUUCUGGUGAGGGAUGUGGAGUGCUCUAAUUUGGUUCCUUGCUCUGUCCCCAAUUGCAGCGUUCAGGUGAACAGAGUGCUAACCUACCGUGACCUGGACAAUGACCUCAUGAAGUAUGCUGCUUUCCAAACUUUGGUGAGUGCAGGCAGUUAGAAAUCUAUAUUCCCAGAAACCCCAGGUUUUUCACAGUGAGAUUGUUGUGGCAGUGCAGCAUGUGAAUAAGGUGAGCAUUCUACUGACAGUGCCAUUCUGGAACACAAGAUGUUAAGUACCUGUUUGGCAGAUCUGCAUGGUAUAUGCUCUGCAGUGUCUGCUAAGGCAUCUUUGGGUGUUCCUCUUCACUUCCCACUUUAGUGAUAUUUACUUAAAAUCCAGCGUCCAUCCCUUUGUUAUAAUUCCUUUGGUGGAGCUCCUUUCCCUCCAGAAGGAAUAAGCACACUCCGUUUUAUACUUUGAGCCAAGGCUCAGCAUGCUGAUGCGUUUGAACAGCUUUGCUCCAUUAGUGGCAAUGUAAGUUAUCCAGAAGCAGGACAGAUGUGUGCAACAUGUGUGUUUCCGUUACUGUUCUUGGAUCUGAAUUACGUUUUUAUGCGCUCCCACAGGAUGGAGAGGUUGACCUGAAGUUGCUCAGUAAGGUUCUAGCUCCAGAACAGGAUGUACGAGAGGUGAGUUUGCUCUGGGCCAAGAGGAGAACUAGACCAUUAUUUCUGCUCAGCAGGAACAGGAACAUAGGAAGCUGCCUUAAACCAAGUCAGACCAUUGGUCCAUCUAGCUCAGUGUUGUCUGCUCUGACUUGCAGCUGCUCUGCAGGGUUUCAGUCUUUUCCAGCCCUACCUGGAAAUGCCAAGGAUUGAUUCUGGGUCCUUCUCCAUGCAGAACAUGUACUUCUUCUUUUUCUGUUUGCUGCAGUCCUCUCCUGUUGACAGUUUUCUACCCAUACAGUCGUACCUUGAUUGUCAAAUGCCCUGGUACUCGUACGUUUCGGCUCCCAAAUGAUCAAAACCUGGAAGUGAAUGUUCUGGUUUUCGACCUUUUAUUUGGAAGCCAAACGUCCGAUGCGGCUUCCACUAUUGUUUCUGGCACGCCUUUGCAAUUGGAAGCCGUGCUUUGGUUUCUGAACAUUUCGGAAGUUGAACGGACUUCCGGAACGCAUUCUGUUCAAAAACCAAGGUACGAUUGUAUAUACUUCCUGUUCUUAACAAUGCAAGCUUCCUGUUCUUGGGAUUGUGGACUAUUCUUUAAAAAUAAAUUUAUACUGGUUAUCUAUCAACAUAUCUAUCCACCCUAAAGGCCCGAUUACAACAUUGUGCCAAACGAACAAUGCAGCAAGUGUUUGUGUAUAUAGGAGGAUGAGACAAUCUUUUAGGUAUUCUGGUUCCAAGCUAUGUAGGACUUUGCACACCAGUACCAGCAGCUAGGACUUGGUCCUGUAACCAGUUGGUGGCCAGUGCAAUUCUUUCAGCAGCAGUAUAAUGUGAUGGCAAGAUCCUGCCACAGUGAGCUAUCAAGCCACUGAAUUUUUGUAUUAACUGCAGCUUCCAGGACAGUCUCAAAGGCAGCCCUCCAUAGAGCACAUUACAGUAAUCCAAUCAAAAUUAACAGUGCAUGAACAACAGCUGUCAGGCUAUCCCAAUCCAGAAAUGGCUAUAACUAAAGUUGGUAAAAGGCACUCCUGGCCACUGAGGUCAGCUGGCCCUCUAGCCCCUUGCCCUAACUCUCCUAAUGAUCACUCCCCGUGGCUUCAUGUAGAUGUUAAAUAGCAUUGGGGACAGGAUAGUACCCUGCAGCCCCCAAAAAAACAAUUGCCAAGGGUCUUGUAAAAUAAUUGCCCAGCACUAUUCUCUGAAACCAGCCUUGGAGGUAGGAACUGAAGCACUGUGUAGCAGUGACCCCAGUGCUCAUCUCAUGGAGACAGUUCAGGAAGAUACAAUGGCCAUUGGUAUGAAAAGCUGCUAAGAGAUCAAGAACAACAGGCUCUUCCUCCCCCUGUCCUUCUCUCGAUAAAGGUCAUCCAUCAGGGCGACCAAAGUCAAUUCAGUCAUAUAACCUGUCCAAACCCCUGUUUGGAAUAAGUCCUAGAGGACUUGCAAUUACUGUGAUCAUAUAUACAGUAUAAUUGGCAGUGAUAUAUAAAAUGGUGGCACUGCGAGUGGUAUGGAUUAAAACACACACUAUCUUCAGGCUUCAGGCUUUCUAGCAGAGUUUGGGUUACUGCUAUGAAGUAGCUUUUAGACAAGACAUGGCAUUCUUUCCGCCAUUUGGACUGUGUUGCAAUGCUUUGGGACAUUUUUCCACUUAGUGUUUCUUUUCUUUUUUUGGCAGGAUGAUAUCAGCUGGGACUGGAAUCAUCUCUACACAGAGGUGGCCUCGGAGCUUCUGAGCGAGUGGGACUUGGGGCAGGCCGAAAAGGAGGAGACUCUCGCUCCAGUUAAGAACGCUUGAGCCUUAGCUGUUGAGCUUUGGCAGUCAGGAGUGCCUCCUUUGCUAACCAGGCACAGCUGCCAACCAUACCGGCACAACUACAGAUUACUAAUGCAUUAUAUUUUGAACUCAUGCUUUGUAUCUGAGGAAUCAUUUUAGUCCACUUAAUAAACUUGUUUAAUAGAGCUCAGCAGGAGUUUUGUUCAUGGUGUGUUUGCGAGGGCUCCAACCUUGUCAGUUAAUCAGUUUAAUUGGUUAAAAAGAGUAUUUCUAUUACAGUAUUAGUACAAUCUGAUCAAGAUGAUGAAUAAAAAUGCUUAUAAAAACAAGAUCUUGUCAAAGCUUACCACUUUGCAACAAACAUAGAACUCUUAAGAACUACCAUUUCUCCUAUGAAUCAGAUUAGUUAAUUUGUCCAUUUCUGCCUUCUCUAGAUAUUUCACCAGUGA